AUGUAACGUGUGACACGGUGAGAGAGGAGAGAGCGAGAGAGAGGAGCGGCGUGACUUCGCUUGCGAAUUGCGAUCCGCUCCAUUCUUCCUCUCCCGUUAAUUGCGUGUUUAAUUUUUCCAUCCUUUUUUUUUUUUGAAAAAAAAGAAACUUCUUUCCCUUUCUGUUAUUUACUUAACCCCAUCUCAUCUCAUUCCUCCUCCGCUCCCAGAACCAAAUCUCUGUGCAGUCUUACAGCUUUCCCUAAAGAGAAAAAGGGCAGAUCCAGGGUUUAUCCGUCGAACAGGUGGAGGGCGGCAAUGGCGUCGAAGCCCGUCAAGGUCGAGGAGCUGAUCGCCAAGAAGCUGGCGCUGUGGCACACCCGUACGUUCCGCCCCAUCAUGACCCACGACGAGCUGGAGCCCCUCCUGGCCGCCGCCGGCUUCGUCCCGCUCCCCCUCCCGCCGCCGCCGCCCGAUGGGCAGAAGCAAGCCCCGGCCGUCGUGUGGAGGGAGUACGCGUCGCGGUUGGAGGCGGCUGCGGAGGGAGGCGGGCGGGGGAAAAGGAGGAGGCACGCCGCGGUGGUGCCCCGCCCGCGUCUUCCGCACCCCCGCAUCGACGGCCUGCACCUCAUGACCUACAAGGCCUUCUUCCUGGCCCUCGAGUUCUACCUCGGACCCACCCUCGUCCCCAAUCUCUUCCACGUCAGGACCAUGUCCCUCACGAGGGCGCACGACCGCGUGUUCGAGAGAUCGUACCGGCCCAUGAGGGAUUGCGAGAUGGACGACGAAGGCAUCCUCGUGUACCGCGACGGAACCCUCGAUCAAGUUACCAGGAUCGUUUGCAGCCAACACGGCGGUGAGGAAAUCGACGACGACGACGACAGCAACCGCGGCACCGAUGCUUCUCUAAUCAGCUCCAGCGCCGAUAACUCCACGAAGAAAACCAAGUGCGACGAUGGCCUCAAGAAGGCUGUUAACGCAUCAUCAUGCCUGGUUCCGCUCAAGGAUCUUUUCCCAACCGGCGGCUUAAGUUCACGUAGGGAUGUUUCUUGAUUUACUUCUUUCUUCUUCGGCAUUCUUUAAUAUUCGUGGGAUUUAGGCCUUUUUUAACAUGCUCUACCGAUUGUGCUGCCUAGGAGUGCAAUCAAACUAACAACGGCAAUCAGAUUCUGUCAAGUGUAAAUACAUGUGAAGUAGGAUUGUAUGAACAACUUACUAGACUUGGCAUGGUAAGAAGGAUUCAUGGAGUUUGCUAGUAUUAUCA